CAGGCCUAUGUUGUGUUGGGUCAGUUUUUGUUACUCAAGAAAGAUGAAGAUUUAUUUAAAGCUUGGUUAAAAGAUUCAUGUGGUGCCAAUGCUAAACAACAGAAAGAUUGCCACACAUGUUUAAAAGAAUGGUGUGAUAGCUUUUUAUAAAGUGCUCUGUAGCUCUUUCUGUUGUGUCAGACUUAAUAUUGGGGGCCAAUGUUAUGGUUUUUAUCUAGUUUUUAAAUUUUAAGCCUUCAGUAUAAGGCAAAUGAUACCAAAUUAACCAACUAUGAGCAACACCCGCCAGAGUUAUUCUAGAGAGGGGUGCACCUAAAUUUAAAAACAAAAAUAGUCUUACUUUUUAGAAAUUACUUUGACAAAUGCUUGUCCAUGGGCAUAGCUUAAAAUGUACUUAUAAGAAUUAUUAAAAUAAUGUUAUCGCC